CCUAGCGGCUCUGCAUAAUAAGAGAAGCGACGCCAAACCCUAAAUUUGACUCACAGGUGCAAAAUCCAGCACAUUGAGCUUGAAGCUGUUGGUCUCCAAUGGCGUUGUAUCUUCUCUACGAGUCAGCGUCUGGAUACGGCCUGUUUUUGGCCCACGGUAUCGAUGAAAUCGGACAAAACACAGAGGCUGUUCGUAACUCGGUAACUGACCUCAAUCGCUUUGGAAAGGUUGUCAAGCUUGCUGCUUUUAAUCCUUUUGAAUCUGCUCUUGAUGCUCUCAAUCAGCAAAAUGCUGUAUCCGAAGGACAAAUGACUGAUGAACUGAGGAACUUUUUGGAGCUUAGUCUUCCAAAGGUCAAGGAAGGUAAAAAGGCAAAGUUCAGUUUAGGUGUAGUGGAUCCCAAAAUCGGGUCUCACAUACAAGAAGAAACCAAGAUUCCAUGCCAGAGCAAUGAGUUUGUUUCUGAGCUUAUUCGCGGUGUUCGUUUGCAUUUCGAUAGGUUCAUUGACAAUCUCAAGCCAGGUGAUUUGGAGAAAGCUCAACUCGGUCUGGGCCAUAGUUACAGCAGGGCAAAGGUCAAGUUCAACGUUAACCGUGAAGACAACAUGGUUAUUCAAGCGAUCUUUCUGCUUGAUACUCUUGAUAAGGAUGUAAAUACAUUUUCCAUGAGAAUCAGGGAAUGGUACUCAUGGCAUUUCCCAGAGCUAGUUAAGAUUGUCAAUGACAAUUAUCUGUACGCUAAACUUGCAAAGUUUAUCGAAGAUAAAUCAGAAUUGUCUGAAGAUAAGUUAGAAGGCCUAAUAGAAAUUCUUGGGGACGAAGAUAAAGCAAAGGAAGUACUAGAAGCUGCCAAAGCAUCAAUGGGCCAAGAUUUGUCACCGGUUGAUUUGAUUAACGUUAAGAUGUUUGCACAGCGUGUGAUGGAGCUUGCUGAGUACAGGAAGAAACUUUUUGAUUAUCUCGCCACUAAAAUGGGUGACAUCGCACCUAAUCUAGCUGCGUUAAUCGGUGAAGUUGUUGGUGCUCGUUUAAUAUCUCAUGCUGGUAGUCUUACAAAUCUUGCAAAAUGCCCUUCUUCUACCCUUCAAAUCCUCGGUGCCGAGAAGGCCCUUUUCAGGGCUUUGAAAACCAAAGGAAACACACCAAAAUAUGGUUUGAUUUUUCAUUCGUCUUUUAUUGGGCGUGCAUCUGCAAAGAACAAGGGUCGAAUGGCUCGUUAUCUAGCUAACAAGUGUUCGAUUGCUUCUCGAAUUGAUUGCUUCUCAGAGAGCAGUACCACUUCAUUUGGUGACAAACUUCGUGAGCAAGUUGAAGAACGCCUUGACUUUUACGACAAAGGGGUUGCACCUCGUAAAAACAUCGACGUUAUGAAAGCUGCUAUGGAAACUGCCGCAAAUCAAGGUGCAGAAAUGGAUGUUGAUAAAGAGACCGAACAAUCAACAAAGAAAAGCAAGAAGAAGAAAUCUAAAGAUAACGAUGAAGCGAAAGCAGACGACAAAGAGAAUGCUGCAACCAACGGAGACGCUGAACCUAAAUCUGGAAAGAAGAAAAAGAAGCGCGCACUUGAAGAGGAAUCAACGCCCGCAGAAAAUGGAAAAGAAAAUGGUUUGAAUGCAGAAAAUGGAACCGAAAAGAAGAAAAAGAAGAGUAAAGAUGUUGAAAUGGAGGAUGUGGCUGCUGUUAGUGAAGGUAAGAAGAAAAAGAAGAAAAAGUCGGCUGAGUGAAGAAGAUGAUGAUGACAAGGUUUGGUAAGUCGCCAACAUUUUUGUAUCAUGGCCUCGGCGUUUUGAUGUUAUGUUUUCUUAAUAUACUAUUACUGUUAUCACAGACAUAAGGUUUGAAGUUAGUUAGGGUAAUUUAAUGUCAACGUUUAUUUUGGCUUCAUUUUAAUUAUUUCGUGUUAGUUAAGGUUGUUA